AAUAGGGCGCCGUUCACGCGGUGCUUAAUCUGCGUCUCGCGCUCUGUCCGCACGAGCCGGUUCGGUUGGCGGUUAGUUUACCAGCAGCGGUCAACUUUCCUGAGAGGAGCCGUUAGUCAUGCAGCGUCUAACGGCGCCCAGAGCAGCUUCAGUCCGGACAGAGCUCUGCGUUUAGUCUCGUUUCAGGUUGUCUGGUUGUGGAAAGCCUAAGCAGGCCUGCUGGAAACUUCACUCGCCGAACAGCAACAAGUGUGCUGGAAAAAACCACUUUAUUCAGCCAUGACAGUUUACCAACUGCCGUGCAGCGGACCGUUGGACCUUCUCCUCUUCGGCUCCGUUUAACCCGUUUAACGUUAGCGAGAACCAAAGCAGCUCUUUUCCGUUUUGAGUACCCUUCGUAGUGUUUAAGUGCGAAACUUUUGGAUAACACAAAAAAAAGCUCAGCCAUGGGACCGAAACAGAGCAGCCCGGCGGCGAACGGCCGUGUCCGAGCUUACUCCGGCUCCGACCUGCCCUCCGCCACCACCGGCGGCGGCUCUGGCAGGGCGGCCGUGCUGAGGUACUACGCGGGCGGAGCGGGGAGUCAGCCGGCGGCGCAGAGAGGCCGAUACGGGGCGGACGGCAGACCCAGUUCUCUGAUUCAGUCCAGGGUUAUACCGAGCAGCGGGGGGACACCGAGACAAGGAGAUGGCACGGAUGGAGAACGAGACCUGUCCGGCCCCAGGCUUUUAAUCGGGUCCUUACCUGCACACCUGUCUCCGCACCUGCUAGGAGCUGGAUUCCAUUGUCCCGUGUGUUCAAAGUUUGUUGCCUCAGAUGAAAUGGAUCUCCACCUUGUCAUGUGCCUCACCAAACCGAGGCUGACCUAUAAUGAGGACGUUUUGACAAAGGACUCUGGGGAAUGUGCAAUAUGCUUGGAUGACCUGUUGCAGGGGGACACCAUUGCCAGACUGCCCUGCCUCUGCAUCUACCACAAAGGGUGUAUUGAUGAAUGGUUUGAGGUGAAUAGGUCUUGCCCGGAGCACCCCACUGAUUAAACCACUGCUAUUAUUGCACAGGUUCCCUAAUGUAUUCGCUGAGGAGUAGCUUAUAAGAAGACAUCCAGAAAUUGCUGUGAUCCAGGAUUUGGACACUGAUUUAUAAGUCUCACCUGUUACCAGCUGAGGCCUGUGCCAAAAGACAGUUAAAAGCAAAGCCUCAGGGAUCCCAUCUGCAUGUGUAACACACCCUUUGGAUCUUCUUCAUUUUAACACACCACAGGACAAAGUGUCCACAAGCCCAACCAGCGUGUCACACCCUCCGGGCAUCAGGUUUCAGGUUGUAGCCUUCAAAACUUUGCACUGGACAGCCUUCUUCCUUUCUGGACUUAUCUAACCCUGCUUGGGGUGGGGGGGGGAGAAGGACAUUUCAGUCAAAUGCAUGACUGAACGUGAAGAAUGAUGAUUGUGAUUAUGGCCAUUUUUGGGAUAAGCUGGAGGUUAUUUUUCUAAUUUUUCUGUCUGUAAAUAGAAAUUUUGGAGUAGCCACUAAUUGAUUUUCUUUUCCUUCAGCCUCUCCAUUUCAAAGAAAUGGUCCAUUGUCAUUUGUUUCCCUUUCUAGUGUAGAGAUCACAUAGCAGGGUGCUAAAGAAUCAAGUGCCGUUUUGUCAAAAUGUGCUGCUACGUUUAUCACAAACAAUAGUCAGAAAUGAUAUAUUUUACUAAAGCAUUUGUUUUCUAAGAGACCGUGUUGGUUAGGAACGAAGAUCAAGGUAAAUGUCAAAUUUAUUCCACUGUUCUGUUGUUGCUAGUGGUUUUGACACAUCUUCAGUUUCCUCGCAAGUUGUAGAAUCAUGAGUUAAGUAAUUACAGCAGUCACAGUUUUGAUUGCACAUGUAGUAUAAGAAUGGCACAGCCUCACAAAAGGUGUGUUACUGUAGUUUGGCUCAUCACAUUUACUCAAUUUCAUUUGACUGUUUUAUUGUACUGUUUCUCACAAGAAAAAACACUUUAAAAUGUUUCCAUAUAAUUUUAAUAGUAGUUCCAAACACUUUGCACGUAUGUACAAUAGUGUUAUUGUGAGUAAAAUCCACCGUGAUAACUUUAAUAAAAAAAAAAUGCAUACACA